GUUUGCCUUUUCUGUUCAACUCCGCGUCGAGUACGGUCAGCAGGAUCGAAUCCAAUUGAUCCUACCAUUGAAGAAAGUUCGAAGUGUAGGAAAAUGUCUGAAAGUCUGCAGCUCAGAGGGACCCUCCAAGGGCAUAAUGGAUGGGUUACCCAAAUUGCUACCAAUCCAAAAUAUCCCGAUAUGAUUUUGUCAUCUUCACGCGACAAGACAUUGAUCGUAUGGAAGUUGACUCGUGAUGAUUCCAAUUAUGGUAUUCCCCAAAAGCGUCUCUAUGGUCACUCGCAUUUUAUCAGCGAUGUAGUCCUUUCUUCCGAUGGAAACUACGCCCUGUCUGGAUCUUGGGACAAAACUUUGCGUCUUUGGGAUUUGGCUGCCGGUCGCACAACAAGGAGGUUUGAACAUCAUACCAAGGAUGUUCUGAGCGUCGCAUUCUCUGUAGACAAUCGCCAGAUCGUUUCCGGAUCGCGGGACAAAACAAUCAAGCUCUGGAACACUCUGGCUGAAUGCAAGUAUACCAUUCAGGACGAUGACCACGAUGAUUGGGUUAGCUGCGUGAGAUUUUCACCUAACCACUCUAAUCCCAUCAUCGUUUCUGCUGGGUGGGACCGUGUUGUCAAGGUAUGGAACUUGACAAACUGUCGUCUGAAGAUUAACCACAAUGGUCACACCGGAUACCUCAACACAGUCACCGUUUCUCCGGAUGGUUCUCUCUGCGCAUCUGGCGGCAAGGACUGCAAGGCCAUGUUGUGGGAUUUGAAUGAUGGAAAACAUUUACACACCCUCGACCACAACGACAUCAUCACUGCAUUGUGCUUCAGCCCUAACCGCUACUGGCUUUGUGCUGCAUUCGGACCUUCUAUUAAGAUCUGGGAUCUUGAAAGCAAAGAAAUGGUUGAAGAACUCAAGCCAGAAGUUGUAUCUGCCACUAGCAAGGCCGAGCCUGCUCAGUGCCUUUCUCUAGCCUGGUCUACCGAUGGACAAACUUUGUUCGCUGGAUACUCCGACAACAUCAUUCGUGUUUGGCAGGUAUCUGUUUCUAGUAGAUAGAGAAGUUCCAAUGUAAUAUACUGAAUAAAGAGGAACGAAUCCAA